AUGAGGGGUAGACCCGUAUCUUUUUUAACUGCGUGAUUGGUUCUAAACCUCGAACGGGAGGGGAUACGGUUGCUGCGUUACUCGAUCAGCUGUUUUGAUUCAAUUUGGAAAGAAACAGUUCCAAAGACCAGACAGAGAAUCAAGAACAGAUGCACAUCUUUGGGGAAAAAAAGAUGGUAUAAACCGAUACCUCAUCAAAGGAAAAUGCAUUAAUGAAGGAAUCGGUUACAACAUCUCUUCAAAUACAAUUUUGGGGUAAACAGAAUGUCCUACUCAAACUGAGAAAUAUUCUGUGAAUAUAGGUCUUUGUGAGAAGUAUUUUGAUACCCAAAGCCUCUGCUGCUACGUCUGAGUUUCCUGCCAAAGAAAGGAGAGGAAAGGACAAGAAAGAGAACACAGGCAACAACCUCACAACACCAAAUCACAACGAAGUCUGACCAAGAGUCUGAGACAACACCUCCUUAGUAACCGCCACACAGAACAGAACCCAGUCAUGUUCAGAAGGCUCACUAGUCUGUUUUUUGGAAGAGAUGAUGACAUCUCUACAGACCAGAGGACACCCACCCCUGCAGAAAUGCUUGAGGAAGGGUGGCUUCUGAUCAACCAUCAAGAAGUGAACCUAUUGGAGGAGCAGGUAGUGGAGUGUGCCAACACAUCUAUCUACAGAAGUCCAGCUGUCACUGAAGAGACUGAACCCAUUUCAGAAACUGGCGUCGGGAUGUCAGAACCAGAGGUCCCAGUCCAAAGAAGCACCACCAGCCCCAGCCGGAUCAUUCGUAGAUCAGUGUCCAUAGCUGGACAGCUGGCUAAGGUCUCGCAGGUUGCUCGUAUCCAGAGGGCUCAGACCCGGGUGGACCGCCACCACCUCACACGGAGCUGCAUCCAGCGGCAGAACUGUGUCCGCCAGCGAGCUCAGCGCCACUCACCCCGCACACGCACAACCUACCUCCAACAGCCAGGCCACCACAACUUCAGCCACUGAACACCUUGCACCAGGGAGCGCUUUUAACACAAGAACAACAGGGACCUUUAAUCUGCUCACAACAUACAUACACAAACAGACAUGCUCAGACACCUUCACAAAUGCAACAUAAAUUGAUUGGCAGCAUAUUUCCAUAUAGUGAAAUAAAGUCAUCAUUCAAACACAUUUUGCAUAGUUCAAUCUUGUGUAGAUUAAGGUAUUUCCCAAAGGAAUCCUAUCUACCCCAUUUGAUUCAAAACACUAAGCUUGUUACUUGGAAUUGUUACUUGGAAUUGUCACUCGUUCACUGGCAGCAAAAAAUACUUUUGAACCUGUACUGUACAUGACAAGAGAAUGAAGAUGUGAACAUAUCAAGGAAUAAGUUCGCCCUAAAUAUUUCUAAAACUAAAAGCAUUGUAUUUGGAAUAAAACACUCACCAAACCCUAAACCUCAA